AUGGAACUACAGCCACUUAAAAGUCUUAGUGCCCCCCUAACCAACAUCGCGUCAAGGUUAAAUGUACAGGGGUUGAAGCAAAUGUUACCAGAGCUUAACGACGAUUUGUACAUGAAAAUUUUUUACAUGGUCGCUUUCAUGUUCACGUGUUAUAUGCUGCUUUAUUUAAGUUAUAACCAGUCCCUUAAUAAGAAAACGAGGAGCAAAUAUGACUCCAUGGGAGAGGUUUACUUCGACCAGAAGCUAAUAAAAAGAUCGGAGGACAUAAAAAAUCAAGCGUGGAAAAAUUGGAUGACGCGCUUAGGAACAGAUUGGAAGCAUUUUCACAACUCUAUAAAAAUUAAAAAAGAAAAAUGGCUCGAAGGAAAAGUAAACUGUUGGGAUGAAUGGCUCAAACAACUACAACACAAAUGGAAUCACUACAAUGAACACAUUGACAUUUCAUACAAAUUUUAUAUACUUAAAAAGUCCCUUGCAUGGAAUGAGUCACACUGGGAACACUGGGCAAACGAAGAGCUAAAACAUUUUAUUGAAAAAGAAUGGAACAACUGGGUGCAGCAAAGUGAAGACGAUUUAAAUACCUGGGUUAUGAAUGAAUGGACUGAAUGGAAAGACAAUAAAAUUUCCAGCUGGUUUUCUAAAAACUGGAAGCGCACUGAAAAUGCAUAUUGGGCAAGAAUGACCAAAAAAAAAUGGGUCAAGUCCUUAUUUAAAGUUGUCCGCAAAAAUUGGCUCAAAUGGCACGAACGAACUAAUAGAGAGCUCCAGCAGUGGCAAGACUGGGUCAUCGCAAAACAAGAUUUAUACAUGAACAACCAUGAAUGGGAUCCAUGGAUCAGAUGGAAAAUAAACAAGUACAAAAUGCUCAAGGAUAUAAGAGAAUCACUUGUCUCAAAAUGGGUAGCGGAGAAGCAGUGGAUGACCUGGAUUGAGGAGAGGCACCAUUUCAUUAUGCAAGAAAAGCAAAAAAUGAACAUUUGA